UUCGAGACAUAAAAGAAAUUUGUUUUCAUUUUGUGCUUGCACAUUUUGUUUUGAAUACAAGCAGCAAAUAAAUAUGCAAUGUCACUUUCUCUGAAGUAGGUUGAAUAAUUUAUAUCUAUUCUGAUAAAAAACAUAUUCCGUUGUUACGAAAAGCAAGAGUUUCCCUUUCUACUUCUGAAGAUUUUCUUGGCAAUCUUGACGUAAGACACUUGCAGCUUUGGUACUAAUCAUUUAUAAAUGGAGAGAAGCCCAGUGGAUAGUUAUUAUAGUUGGAUAGUUGCAGUGGCUGGUUCUGUAAUAUUUUUGUUAGUGUCAUGUCCUGUUAGAUUGGGUGCUCAACUUUUUGUAUCAAUGUUACAUCAAUACCAUACUACGAGAGAAGCCGCAGCUUUUCCAUUUGCUUUAGCAUCCCUUAUGAGAAGUGUAUCAGGUCCUUUUGCUGGGUUCUUCAGUGGAAUACUUGGAUUACAAGGAGUGACUUUGUGUGGCUGUUUGUUUUCUACGAUAGGAAUUGGAGCAUGUUUCUUUGCAGAAAACAUUCAAACUAUUGACGUAUUUUUGGGAGUAAUCGCAGGAAUUGGCUUUGGUUGGUCAACAGCUUUGAUUCCGGAAAUACUCAAUCAACAUUUCGAAAAGCACAGAACUAAAGCAUAUGGCGUGUUUAUGGCAGGAAGUGGUCUGGGUGCUUUCAUUGGACCUCCUGUAUUGGAAGUGAUCAUAAAAAAGUACAGCAUGUCUGGUACAUACCUUAUAAUGAGUGGAAUCGUUUUCAACAGUGUGGCAGCUGCAUUACUUUUAAGGAAACCAGAGUUUCGAAAAAAUAAAAUUGCUAAUUCUCAGGAGGAAAACAAAACCGAGGCUGUUAUUACUACAAUCUGUCUAAAUAAUUUAAAUUGUGAUGGAGCAUUUUUAACAAAAGAUGAACCUAAUGGAGACAGUUCAACUCUUGAAAUACCAGAUGAACAUAAUAGUCAAACUAAAAUGGCGUCUCAUAAAAUUGAUGCGCCUUGCAAUGAAAACAAAGACGCACAAAAUAACACCGAGUUAACUUUUGAAAAAUAUUCCGACUCCUCUGGGUCAAUUACGUCAUUCUCUAAAUCGACAAUUUCAAAUACCGCCAGUAUAUCGAGGUGUGAAAAUGACCAGCUACAAAAAUCAUCAGUAGUACUUAAUGCUCGUGAUUUAAAUGAGCAGUUUGCUCAACCAAGUACCAGGCAAAAUAAUGAAAUGACCGAUAAAACAAUUGUAAAAAAAACUGCUAAAUCUUAUCUGAGUUCGAUUGAUGUGAUCUGGCACCCAAUUUUUUUAUGCGUGACUAUUAUCAAUAGCUCGAAUGCUUAUGUGAAUUAUGUGUUUUGGACUGUUUUGAUUGAUAUCGUUAGAGAUAAAGGAAUAAAAGGCUAUUUGGAAAUAUAUUUUGCGAUGGGUAUGAAUUUGUUCGAUGUGUUCGGUCGCUUCUUUUUGGGCUCAUUAAUUGAUUGUGGUUUCCUGUCUGUUACAAGCCUUUGUGCAUGUUGUUUUUUCGUAAUGUGUUUGUCUUGUCUUCUGAUUCCAUGGAUCUCAAGCUUCAGUUUAAUGAUGAUUGUGUUCUGCAUGCUAGGCUUAGUGUUUGGGGCAAACACUGCCACAGUGCCAAUGAUAGUGACAGAAUUCAUUGAAAAAGAAAAGAGGACUAUGGCUAUGGCAUCAAGACUAAUCAUAUAUAUACCCAUGAGUUUUACAAUAUCUCCUUUAAUAGGUUAUUUCAGAGGCCAACUAGGUUCUUACGAUGGAUAUCUAUAUAUGAUGUCAUUACUAUGUUUGAUCUGUUGCAUUGGAGUUUCCUUACUACCACGAUUUGUAGAUGCCAAAUACAGAAACAAUAAAGAUGGACGUUAAAGUAAAAUUGGACUGUUUGCGGUUUCAAACAAAUUGAAUCAAAAUAGAGAAUUAACUCGUCGCAAAGACAUCAAAUAUCAUUUUCGAGGUAAUAAUGAAAGAAAUAAUCUCAAACUGUUUCAGUACUGUUCGGUGGCAUAAUAGCAGAAUAUGACACAGUAGAAUCUGGAAGUAAAAACUGAUGCUGAUAUAUUAUCAAUCAAAUUUUCACCGUCUUAAGUAGUAUAUGGUCAUCGAAAAAGUAUUAAUCAUUAGUUCUAUUUAUAGGUUAAAUAUUAGAUCUAACAUAAAGACAGAUUAUAUGAGUCUUGAAUUACAGAAAAAUUUAGACACGCUGGGUGCUAACCAAUACAGUGUUGUGAAAGGACCUGGUUUAAUGUAAAUGCGCCGUUACCGAACAUUUCUCUGCACAGCAAUCAGACCAGAGACGUUUCAAAAAUGUACGUUCAGAAAAAUGUGACAAUGCUGAAAAACGCCAGUUCUUCUUUGAAAGAGGGAGUUUUUUAGUGUAUUUUCUAAAAGAGGAUGCAACGCUGAAUCGGAUAUGAACUGCGAAGUAAAAAGGCUUAAAAUAUAUUACUUUAAUAUACACUGUUGGAAAUUUCUCGAGAUGGCUAAACCGUCAAUCUCAUGACCGACAGAACAGUGUUUAGAGUCCCAGUGUUGAUACUACUAUAUUUCCUCCAUUCCUUUUAACGCAUGAAACGUUUCUAGUGCCCCGCAUUCCCCAAUUUGUCACUCUGGUCUGUUAAAGUACGAUACUCUCAUUCAUGCAUAGAUGGCAGCACUAUAAGGUUGCUGAACUAUCUCCAAGUCCAGUUAAAUGUCUUUUUUCGGGUUUUAAAACCAUGCUAGUUGUAAAUGGUUUGAGAACUAUAUAGUUUUGUGUUCAUGGUUUCCCGGUUGCAAAACCAUGAAGGUAAAAAAUAUUCUCUACCGUAAACUUUACGGUUAAUUGGAUGGGCAGACUGCUGCCAGUUAUUUUACCAUAAUUUUCGAAUGAAAAUUCUAACAGUGUAGUGUUUGAGUAAUUUUGGAGUACACUGUUUGCCUUAGUUAGCGCAAAAGUUGCUUUGAGUUUUGAUAAUGGGAUUUAUUUGAGAAUUUUACAAAAUGCGGGAACAAAUAUACUUGGUAUUCGUUGAAUAUGUAAAUUGACACGAUCUGAUGCUUUUUUACUGCAAUAUAAGUGAUAUGAAGAAAGUAUUAUCUGAAAAGCAUCUAGAAAGUAUCUGUGUACUGAAAGGAUUAUUUUCAAUUACUAACUUAAAACUUUUUCUUCUUCUUAGAAUUCCAGCUUAUUCAAAAAUCAUUGCAAUUUUAAGGAAUUUUUUUCGCUUAUAUUUUUGUUCACCUUUUUUUUCUUCUUUAACUAGAGAUUAUUUAUGCAUUGGCGUAAAAAAUACAUACAUAUUUCUCUCGAUAUUUUAAUUUUAUACGAUAGUGUUUGAGCUGAUGUGAAAAAAUAAGUGAAUAAAAUAAAAAAUAAUAAUCUAAGAAAAUGAAGAGAAAGAGUGAGAAAGAUGCUGCCAGAUAUUUUUAAAUCUAUAAAGAACUCAAAGAGAUAAAAACAGUUUAUUAAUAUAAGGUUAUUGCUAUGUAUUAGCAAAAAAUAAAAUUACUUCUCAUUCAAUGCUUUUUAUUAAUACAUUAUAUUGUGUCUCAUAUUCUAUAUUUCCUAAGUUUAAAUUUUUUUUAAAGAUUAGUUGAUUAUUUUUCAUAACCAGACAAUCAUUUAUUUUGUUACGGUUAAUGUAUGAUAAAAAAUUUCUUACAUGAAAUUAUAAUAAAUAUGCAUUUUAUGAACGAAAUGAUCUUCUUUGUGGAAAAUAUUGAAUUGAAAAAAAAAGAAAUUGAAUGAGAGGCAAUCAUGAAAUUAGAGAGUGGGAUGAGUCAGGGGUAGAGCUUACAAGUUUAUUAAAUAAAUUAAUAAAUUAUAAAUAAUUUAAUUACGAAAAUAUAGAACUUCGGCUUCAAUUUUAAAUUUUUCAGUUCUAAUCUAAUUUUUAUUCUUCAGCUCUAAUUUUAAAUUAAUAUUUGCAAAGAUUGUUUUUAAAAUUGUAUGACUAUCGCCCUAGCAAAAUAUAUUAUUGCAUUUGUAUGAAAAGCUCCAGAAAUUGAGACUGAAUUUUCCGAUAGCAAAAAAUAGUUCUAUAAUUUUAAAAUAAAACAUCUGUGUAAGUAAAGCAGCAGGAGGUUUAUACGUAUGCUUUGUAAGUACCUUAUAUAAAUCCGCAAUUCUAAACCGAUCCGCGCCAAAUUUGGCGUUUAUACUUUUAAAGACACGAUGGACAUGUAUACUUAAAAACUUCCUCCGAGCACCGUUUUGGGGCAUUUAUUUUCCUUCGGAGGAGGUAAAGAAACAAUUCCAUCAGAUUUAAAUCACGAACGUAAAUUGAUAAGAUUGGUUCUCAUUGUCUCUCAUGGAUAUAACUAUUCUAGUAAAAAUUACUGUACCGUAUGGUCAUAACAUUUCUGGUAAAUAAAACGAGCUUCAACAAAAUUCUGGUUAAUAAAACCAAAAUAUACGUUAAGCCAUUUAUGAGGUAGUUUUUCCUGUUCAUAUGGUAAUGGUUUACAAGAAAUUUUUGUUCUUAAAAUCAUAGUUCUUAUUACCACUCAUUUAGUAAAAAAUACAAACUAAAAAGAUAAUUUAACUGAAUAAAUAGUUUGUGCCAUGCUGUUAAGAGUAAUGAUAAAAUUAACAAAUUUUAUCAUGUUUGCUACAUUUUAUCACAUAUUAUAAAAUAAUAUUUUGUUGUUGAUUUUAGCGAUACCAUUAUUAAGACUCUUCGGUAAAAUUACUGAGCUUUUUGGUAUUUCCAUACAGCCAGAAACUCGGUAAAUUUUACCAUAUUCUGGCUAUUUUGACCAUACCUUUUUUCUAUGUGCAGCACCUGUAAAUUCAAUAUCCGUAAUAUUUAGUACCACUUUUAAAUAAUUAUCAAUGGUGUGAAUAAAACUUUGGCUAUUAUUA